AACGAGAGACUUUAGGUUUUCAUUCAUUUUUUGUGUGUGUAAAGAAUGGUAUAAAUCUUACAAUUUCCAUCGCGUAUUAUAUCGAAUAAAAUCGACGAUUACGGUGUUAUACUAAAACUGAUUAUAUUGAUAAUAAAUCAUGUGAAUUAAAAGCAGAGAGAGAAAAAUAUUGAAAGAAGAAUUUUUUUUUUCACGAAUUUUAUUGUACCUUCAAAUAUGAAGCCACAUAAUAAAUAAAAAAAAAAACAAAUUCGUCGAAGAAAUGGAAAAUAUUGUCUAACUCGUACACACAUAAAAUCGAAAUUACAAAAUUUGUCAUCGAUAUAAAAUGAAGUUCACUUAAUAUCGAUAAAAUGAGUGGUUUUUGUGAUAAGAUAACGAGAAUGAAUAAAAAAAAACUGUUGGUGGAUCGCGUUUUUUUGAUAUUUUAUAUUUAUUGCAUUCAGUUAUUGAUAGAAGAUGGAUUAGAUUGGUAUAACUUCAGACAUUAAAUCGAGGUGCGGUGUGAACGGUUAACUUUUCUAAAAAAAAAAAUUAAAUUAAAAUCGUACAGGGCUAGCCUCUUCAGUGAAUAACGUUCUGCCAGUGAAUCAGUGAUAUAUACAAAAUAUUUCUAAACUAAAAAUUUUGUGUAAUUGUGUCGAGUACAGAAGAGAAAACAAUUGGCGGAUUUAUGCAUUUCACAAUGGCGUUACCAAACCACGAUACAAACAAUAAGAUGGAAAACAAUGACAUCGACGAGUCGCAGGUGAAAAGUGAAGAACCAAUUAGCGAGGAUCGUCAACCGCAAGAGAUCAUUGUCGAAGAGGUACAGCACGGUAUUCCAACGCAAGAACAUCAUACACCAUCGCCACUGCCAUCCCAGACGGUCAUUACAACACCAAGGCAUCGAAUGAUCACAACUGCCGGUCAAAUCAGGGAAGUCGAUGCUCAGGACAACGACCAGGUGGAGCAGUACGAAACCGGCACCGAUUACACACAGAUGGCUCCGCAAGUGGACGAACCGACGUACAUUUACGAACACCAACCAAUUGCAGUGGUUACGAGUCAAUCUCAGGCGCCCGCACACUUAUUGAAACGAAACAUUAGUUUGGAUCGUGAACGUACGGUCAGUCAUGUGGUGACGUCGUCGCCACAACAGACAACAGUUUACGUGGAACAAGCUCCUGAUGAGGGAGAAGCUUUACGAUAUUCCACCGCUCCCAUUCGUUACGAGGAGGAAGCGAAUUACCACGCUCGCUACGAGUAUCACCAUGGACCGCAUGCGACGAAUCAUUCAGAGGAGAUAAAGGUGGAAAUAAAUCGUGCCCAUCAUCAGAACCAGCCGACCGAAAUGCAUAUAUACGAUCAUGCAGAAGUGCAUCGACCGGAGAGUCAGCAGGUUCAUGCCGAACAUCAACCGAAUAAUGAGCCGAAAACCCAUUACACGAAUCUGGAACCGGCUGGCACCGGACAAAAUUAUUUCAUUUCAACGGAAAGCUACCAGUCUUCUGGUCCGGGAUUCACAUACCUUCCGUCGUCAACGAACAAAGACUUUGUGUUUCAUCCAGGAAGCCCCAAUGCCGUCCUGUACAAAGAUCCAACUCUAACAUCAGCUCUGACCAAUCGACACUACAGCACAUUGGGCCAACAUCAGUCAAUUUAUGACAGUGGUCCUGUAAAUCCUGGAUCACCGGUUUCUCAAGUCUAUACAUACUGCAAAUCGGAGCCUCCAUACUGGCCGGGUGGACCUUUAGAAUACAAUGUUUCGCCGGGCUUUGGUCAAACUAUCGUAGUGGAAAAUAGCGGCAAUACUACAACCGAAUACGUGACGAAUGGUCAUCAAUGGCCCAACCUUCCUAUCAGUGAACCGUACGAAUCGCAACUGUUGUCGUCGGGACAGGAAUUUAAGGAGUGCGUGAAUUGUUCAACGUCACAAGCAUCGUUCUGGCGACGAGAGAACGGUCACAGUCUGUGUAAUUCUUGCUCGUAUCCGAGGCAAAAUCCAGCAUUGACGAGAGUAACGCACCGAAAUCAAAAGGCUAAGCAAACGACGGCAACCGGUAAUCGACGAACUGGUGUGAUUUGUGCAAAUUGCAAAACGAGUAGUACAACGUUGUGGCGGCGAAAUAAUCAAGGAGAGCCGGUGUGCAAUGCAUGCGGACUGUACUACAAACUUCAUACGGUCAACCGUCCGCAAAGCAUGAAAAAGGAGGGAAUUCAAACCCGUAAACGAAAACCAAAGUCCACAGCUAAUCAACCACAAAAACUAGGAAUGGGAGACUAUCCGUAUUUUCCAGACAAAAUUCUGCCAACCAUUUUCCCCUCUCAAAUACACGGCGUUCAGCCCGACAUCAAAAUGUCGGUUAUGCACCAACCGCAUAACAUUGCCCAGCAGCCGCAAGAUAUGCAUAUCGGUUCGUCGCAGCAGCCGUCCUCGGCACCACCACCCGAACACUACAUCAAUGUCAGUCCACAGAGUCACUCACCGCAUUUGCCCAAUCCGAGCAAUUUGAAUCGUCACAUCACGACAACGGUACCACCCAUUGAUUCGGUUCAUGUGAAAAGUGCUAGUGUUAUAACGAGUACUGGAACGCCAGAGUAGCAUUCGUGCACACAUCACACGUGAGAAUUUGGUGUGUUUUAGUUUCGUGCGAUGUUGCUGUUGCUUAGUGCCAAAGUUUAAAUGGAAAAGAAAAAAAAAUAAAAAAAUUUG